AUGGCUGCUCGCGUCAUCUCCCCUCGGGUGUGGGCCCUGGUGUGCCUGGUUGCUGUGGCGCCGCUGUCGCCGGCGUCGCCGGUGCCGCCGCGGGUGCUGCAGAGCGCCACCAACGUGGCGGUGGUGCCGCGCGCGGCGCUGCCGGCCAACCUGACCGUGCUGUCGGUGGCGCUGCUGCCCGACCCGGCGGCCGCCAACGUGACGGUGCUGCCGCUGGCGCCGCCCACGCUCGACGCCCUGCCGCCCGGCGCCGUCUCGCUGGCCGAGAAGCUGCCGCUGGCGCCGCCCCAGCCGCCCGAACUGCCCGAGACCGCCGCCCCCGGAGACGCGGUCGACUAUGAUGAUGCUUUAUUGGAUCCUGAGGCAGAUCCGAUCCAAGAAAAGAAAUACGAAGCGCUCAAAGUAGAACCGAGUGAAAAUAGUAAUAAACAAGAAACUAGCAACGACGACAACAAGGAGGGUGACGUGAAGAAACAGGACAAGAAAGAGGAUGGGAAGAACUGUGAAGACGAGACAGACAAAGGAGACGGUGAUAAGAAAGAAAAGAGUAGUGCAAGUGGCGAGGGCGAGAACAAAGAAGAGAAGAAGCCAGAGCCUAGCAAAAGCGAAUCGACUGUAAGCGACAGUGGCAAGGAAAGGAAUACCGAGGGACCUAGUAAGGGUGAUGCAGCCGAGGCGGGAAGCAGUAAGGAAGGAAAGGAAGAAAAGGCUGCAGCCACGAGAGAAGGGAAGGCCGCCGAUGCUGUGAGUGGCAAAGAGAAGGCGUCAGCAGCCGCUAGCAGCGAGAAGAAAGCUGAAAGCCAAACAGCUGAAGGCGCGGAAGAAAAGUCUGCAGCCCCUGGCGAAGCGAAGGCACCCGAUAGUGAGAGUGAGAAAGAAAAGACGGCAGCGGCAGCUAGCGGCAACAAGACAGCUGAAAGCCAGAGCAAGACAGCUGAAGGCGACAGCGCCGGAGGGAAGCAGGGUGGAGCUGCCAGCGGAGAAGCACAAGCCAAGACCGAAGCCCCGUAG